AACACCUUCAAGUGCAAAAAACUAAACCCUCUCUCUAACCUUGUCAACAAUCAAACAACUAAAUGGCAGAAAAGGAGCAGAAACAGGCCUAUCCCUUGGCACCAGCCAAUGGUUAUGGACGAAGUGACGAAGAGGGGGCCUCAGCUCUGGCCAAAGAGGUUCGCCGCAAGCAACGCAUGAAAUGUUUUGCAUAUGUUGUUGCGUUCGCUGUGUUUCAAACCGGUGUUAUAUUGAUCUUUGCGCUCACUGUCAUGAAGGUCAAAACUCCUAAGUUCCGCGUGCGUUCUGCCACGUUCGAGACUUUUAGUGUCACGACAUCUUCAUUUGACAUGAGAAUGAAUGCUGAACUCGGUGUCAAGAACACAAACUUCGGUCACUACAAAUACGACAAUAGUACCAUUGCUUUCUUCUAUAGAGGUGAACAAGUAGGGAGUGCUUUUGUUUCUAAGGCAAGAGCUAAAGCUCGAUCAACAAAGAAGCUUAAUGUUACUGUAGGCCUGUCAUCGACCAAUUCAGCAUUAGGAAAUGAUUUCAGUUCUGGGAUUUUGCCGCUGAGCAGCACAUCAAGAUUGACAGGAAAGGUGGAGCUAAUGAAGGUGAUGAAGAAGAAGAAAGCUACCAAUAUGAAUUGCACCAUGGAGAUUAAUAUCGCAACCAAGCAGCUCCAGAAUCUGAAAUGCAAAUGAUACAAGUUUAUGUGUGUGUGUUUGGACUUUAAUUUUUGGAAAAUAUGUACUCAAUUUUUAAGGAGGACAGAAUAUGCUGAUACUAUAGUCCUCCUUUGCCACAUAUAUAUAUUUUUUCUUCAUUUCUAUUCUUUACUUCUUUGGAUUUGUAUUUAAAUUUAUUCUAUUAGUCAACUACGUACUUGUUUUUUGUUUUGUGUGUGUGUGUGUGUGUAAAUUU